GACACUCCUCUUCCUAUAAAUUCUCACUGUCUCUUCCUUCAUUUUUCACACACUCGUAAAAUCAUAAUCACACGCUGCGUUUCAACCACUUUCACCGUCGUUUCAACCUCCGAGAAUGGCUAGCUCUUACAUGCUCGUUCUGAUACUCGUGGCGAUGUUUGUCUUCUCCGCCGUCGCAGAUUCUCCGGCGGCGUCACCUCAGGCUGCUGCUGCUCCUGCUCCUGCUCCGUCGAAGUCUCCACCGGCCGUCACUCCGUCGCCAGCCUCCGCUGUGAGCUCUCCGCCGUCUCCUUCUCCAGUCUCGCCGUCGCCUUCCGUCUCUCCGUCGUCUAUCUCUGAAACUCCGUCGGAGGCUCCCGCACCGACCAAGAGUGCCGCCGUCUCGAAUGGAUUCGCCGCCGCCGGAUCCGUCGUAGUUGGACUUGUCGCCGCCGUGUUGAUCGCGUGAAGUAGUCGCACCGGCUGAUACAUAGAAAAUUUAUUAUCUCAUUAUUUAUGAGUUUGUUAUAGUUAUUUUUUUUUUCUUCAUAGAGUUAGUAUAAGACGCUUCAGUUGUUAUUUUUACAUUGAAUUCGUAAUCGUACUCGUAAAUUACUACUAUCUUCUGUUUGUGAAAUGAAAGUCAUGUCUUGUAUUAAUAAGAUUUCGUCAUUUCUUGUUAUUUUCA